CGCUGAUCCUACAAAUCAUCGUGCUUGCCUCUCACCUCGAUCAUGGACGACAUUAGGGCACUUUUCGAGAAUUCUGGGUCGGAUCCUUCCACAUUAAGGGAUCGAAUCAGUCAGAUUGUUACGGACAUCAUGGAGCGAGGCGGGGAUUCCGGUGGUGAGCUUAGUGCGAGCCAGAUACAGGAUCUCACGGCCAAACUGCCUCGACUUACCGAAAGCGACUUGGACAGGCUCAGUCGCGAUGACUCGCUGUGCUCCAUAUGCUACACUCCGUUCGCCGCACUGCUAGCUGAGGAGGAGACGUCGUUGGCCAUGGACUCUCCUGCUUAUCCCGCGGACGAGCUGGGCGUGACCAAGUUGGAUGCGUCCUGGCAAUGCGGGCAUCUGUUCUGUCGUAAGGACAUUUCGAAAUGGAUCCGGCAUGGGGUGCGUGAGGCUGCGUUGCGUAACAAGUGUCCAAUCUAACACUCAUUGGGCCGCCCAAUCAAGCAUGCAUCUUGCCCGAUGUGUCGGCGUUCCCUGCUGGAGUCGGGGAGCCCUGCAGCUGGGCAGACUACCGGGGCGCGAGAUGACGAUGCUCAAGCGGAAGACGCAGAAAUGCUCAGCCAGAUCCGGGGGUUCAUGGAGCAAAUGCGUGCCGACGGUGGAGUGGCUUACUUUGACCAAGACGGGGAUUUCCGAGGGUUCGGAGAGAGGAUAUAUGAGCCGGAAGGAGGCUAUGUGGACGACAGGAGUGAAUUUUCGGGAAUGUAUUCAUGAGUAUUUACUCGCCUCGGCCGAUGUCAACUUACACAGGGCGAUUGAAUGGAUAUCAAUCAAACGGCAAUCUUAUCCUCUCGGCGAGAAUGAACAUCGCCGGCACCACGAUGUGAUUACUUCAGUCCACGGUGUUUCGUCUCACGACACUCUCAACCUGCCCUCUCAUGGAGUCUCUUACUCGACCUGGGCUGCAAUUCCGGAUUUCUGCAGCUGGCGCGACGCCGCUGGUGAACGCGUUGCGAAGUAGACGCCCCGGGAUCCCUGCAUUGGGUCUUGCCUAUCUAUGGCCGACGCUCUUCACUGCGCUAGGCGGGUUCCUGUGGGGAUUCGACACUGGGAGUGUCGGACCCAUUACCGUUAUGCCUCAAUUUGAACACCAAUUUGGCCCCAUCUCUGCGACGGUCCAGGGAUUGUUUGUUUCCUCGAUCAUCGCAACCGCUGCGCUUUCCUCGUUGUUCUCAGGCACGCUCUCGGACCGGAUCUCGCGUACGUACACGAUCUCACUGGGAGCGUUCCUCUUUUCCGUGGGCUGCGCUAUCGCAUGCUCAGCGACGAGCCUGGCCCAGCUCUUUUGCGGCCGGUGCAUCACCGGCUUCGGGCAAGGUGUCUUCAUAUCUAGCAUCACUGUCUAUGUGAUGGAGAUUUCACCGACCUCAAAACGGGGGCGGACGAUGACCACUGUUCAAUUGUUUAAUGUCAUCGGGGUUGCAUCAGGCUACUUCACGUGCUUCGGGACGGUCAAGCGCGCAGGCAGUUUCUCUUGGAGGUUCCCCAUAGCCCUGCAAGCGGUGGUGGCGAUGACUCUCGCCAUCGGGACGCCCUUUCUCGCUCAUUCGCCGCACUGGCUCCUGCACGUGGGUCGUGCGCUCGAAGCCGAGGCCGCGGCGUCCAAGUUUGGGCUCCAGUUUAGCGAAGUGAGGAGGGACGAGGCUGCAGCUGGCGGCCCAGCUACCGAUAUCAGCAAGUUGUCUCUGGUGGGCCAGGCCAAACAGCUGUGGGCGCGGGACGUGCGAUUCCGCACUCUGUUCGCCCUCUUCUUGAUGGGCAUGCAACAGGCUUGCGGGAUCGACGCUGUGCUCUACUAUGCACCGGUGCUCUUCCAGCAAGCUGGCCUCUCGUCGGCGUCUGCAUCCUUCCUUGCCUCGGGCGUCUCGGGAGUUCUGAUGGUGGUCUUCACCGCUGGGUCGCAGGUCUUCCAAGAUAAAUGGUCGCGGCGGACUCAAAUGAUUGGAGGAGGGUCGGUUAUCGGUGGAUGCAUGCUGAUCAUGGGGAUCCUGUAUGCCACGAACGGAGCCCAGACCACCGCGGGCAAACACACGCUGAUGGCUCUCAUUUACAUCUUCAUCGCCGCGUUCAUAUCCACCUGGGCCGUCGUCAUCCGCGUGAUCGCGAGCGAGAUGCAGCCGAAACGGACACGUGCACCAGCGACGAGUCUCGCGCAGUGCUUUUCGUGGGUCGUGAACUGGAUCAUCGCGUUCUCUACGCCGCUCUUCCUCAACCGCAGCAGCUCUGGCCCGUAUUUCAUGUUCGGCUGCUGUGCGCUGCUCACCGUCAUCGUGUGCACCAUGUUCCAGCCAGAAACGAAGGGGAUCAGCUUGGAAGCCCUCGAUCAAGGAUUCACGGAUACCAAAGUGCAGGCUGCGAUGAAAAAGUUCUUUCGGUCGAAGCCUGAGCAAGGCCAGUCCACCGCCGUAGAGCUAUGAACGUAAAGGUAGCAGCAGGACACAAUCAGAUUGCAAUUGAAUCGACAUCUUCAUCAUACGAUAAGAUCGCAUCCUCCAUCUAACUCUCUACCGCAGCCGACUCCGCGAUAGAGACCUGGAAGUUGGAGCAAGCCGUCGGGAACCCACGGACAAGACUAAAUGCGCGCAUUUAUCCGUGGUUUUAUCUGAGCUGUCCGGCCACCUGGUCGAUUUAAAAAUCCCGGCCCUUUCUCGGUAUCCACCUCCUCUAGCUUGCCACCCAACGAAGGAAAUCCCAUCAACCACGCGCGCGCUAUCGAAGCUGGCGGAACCGCAAGCGGCGGUCCGGUUGAGAUGGUAACCCUGUGCAGCCUGCCCUGCUGCUCGUCGCAGAUGAUGCCCCGAAGAUAACCACGUGCGAUGAAACCCACCCCCAAUUCAAUCGGCGACCCUGGCGGUCGAACAGUUUAUCUCUGUCUCAGAGCUAGAAAGAGACAGAGAAAUCAGAGGUUUGGAGAUCCGAGUGGGCAGCGGCUAGAUGAUUCCUUCCUAGGUUUCUCUCUCCGUGUAUCUGAGGCACGCAUUUGGCUUGCAACGACGUAUGACCAGCCAGCCGGGCUUGGCCGAUCCUCCAUCAAUGUUCUCGAGCUCGGCUACGGAGAUCGAAGUCAACUUGAAGGAAAGAACCUUUCUGCCUCCGCACGCGCAUGGAGGCAAAUAUAUAUGUAGGCCACAGGACCGGCGCAUACAUCCCAAGGAACUCGUCCCCCUAGGCCUGCUCCAGAGAUGCGCUUGCUCACGUCCAUCCUCGCGUUCCUGAGCGUGUUCUCGCUCGCUAGCUUGGCAAGCUACACCAACCCGAUCCGCCGACCCGGCGGGUCCGAUCCGUUCAUGGUGUACUCGGGCGGGUACUACUACCUGCUCACCACGUCGUGGACGGACGUCGAGAUCGCGCGCGCCACGACGGUCACCGGGCUGAAGACCGCGGCGAAGAAGGUGGUGUACUCGACCGGCACGGCGAGUCGCUGCUGCAACGUCUGGAGCCCGGAGGCGCACUACCUCGGCGGCCGCUGGUAUAUCUACUACACCGCGGGCGACUCGUCCGGCACCGGCAACCAGCGCCUGCACGUUCUGCGCGGUGGCGCCUCUGCCUGGGACGCAUACACCUACGUCAACCAGCUGACGCAGGAAUGGAGUAUCGACGCGUCCGUUCUGCGGUUCGCCAACUCGGGCCCGUACCUGAUGUUUUCGUGCUUCCACGGCGGCGCGCCGCAGUCGAUCUGCAUCCAGACACUGGGCAGCGACUUCGUGUCGCUCACAGGCUCCAUCUCCGUCAUCUCGCAGCCGACCCAGGCGUGGGAAACACAUGGGCUGGCCGUCAACGAGGCGCCGACCGCGCUGUACUUCGGCGGCAAGACGAUGAUCGUGUUCUCCGCGUCGUACUGCUGGACGCAGUACUACUGCCUCGGCACGCUGACUUGGGACGGCCACACCGCGCCGACCUCGCCGUCCGCGUGGACCAAGUCCAACGGCUGCCAGUUCUCCAGCGCCAACGGAAACUACGGCCCCGGGUCCAACUCGUUCUUCACGAGCCCCGACGGGUCGACGAUAUUCAACGCCUUCCAUGCGACCAGCAACAGCGCCGGGGCCUGCGACGAUUCCAGAUACCUGAUGAUUCAGGAAGUCGGUACUCACAGCAAUGGGGCGCCCGACUUUGGCUCCCCCGCGGCAUUUUCGCACGUUUUCAGCGAUCCCCAGUAGUUACGAUUCGCAGUCGAAUUCUGUUAGUAUUUCCAAAUCAAUAAUUCAAGUCACGAAUGGAAAAAAAAUGAU